GUCGUUGAGCUUUGGGGAUGUUCGUUGCUUGGCUUUUCAGUCCCGGGCUCGGCUAUAAAAGGUGGAGAAAGCUUGCAAGCACACCAGACGCUGCUCCUCGACUCGCGACAUCUGAAGCUUCUCUCACUCAGCACCAUGAGAACAUUGACCCUCCUGCUUGUAGUGGCUGUGGCCCUGGCAGUGCUGGUGGUGGUAAAGGCCAUGCCCGAACCAUUCCCGGACGCGGACGCCGAGGCCGUCGCCGAUCCUGAUCCACAUUGGAGACGCUUCGGUUACGGCGGCCGUCGGUUUGGAUACGGUGGCUAUGGUCGCCGACAUGGCUUCGGACACUAUGGUGGCUUUGGCGGAUAUGGCGGAUAUGGAGGUUUUGGCCACGGGCAUUAUCACUGGGGAUAAGUUACACGAGACGGCGGGCCAGCUUGGGGUGUGGGUAAAGUUAUACCACCUUGGGGAUCUCGAGUUACAACCUGCACACGUUUUCAAAUCAACGACAGAGAGGGAGCCCAGGGCUCAUCCAUCACUCCAGAUACUCCACCAGUCACUGUCGCUACACUGGCCCCGCCACGCACUCUCCACUAGCAGCCAUGCGUUUAAGUCACUCGUGUCCACAGCACGGCAUCAUUUUUACAGUACUUAAUUCAUUUCAUCUUCAAAACAGCAUUAAAACAUCACAACUACAUUGUGUUUUAUCCCUCGCCAAUUAAAAUGAUUAAGGUGACCAAAGGGCAGAAAUAGAGUACUCCUUUUC